CGCUAUCAGUCCACAGACGGCCGCCACCAUGGACGUUCGGGUGUUGUGGGCUGGUGUGCUGGUGGCGCUGCUGGUGGCAGAGCUCGUGCUGAGCGCACCUCAGUACAGUGGGGACCCAGGCGAGGGCCGCACAUUUGGCCUGCUCCACAAGAAGAAGAAGAAAAAACUUGGAUGCCGUGGACGCUCCUUGCAGGAGGGCCGCACGUUCGUGGUGGUGUACAACAACGUGAACAGCGGCGGAGGCGGCUACGGGGGCGGCGGUCACGGUGACGGAGGCGGCGGCGGCGACGACGGGGACGACGUGGACGAGGGCCCGGGGGACUACGGCGACCCCGCCGCCAGCAACGACGAUUGCGACACGGGGAGCGGAGGCCUGUUCCACGGCGGCCUCCUCGGCGGCCUGCUGGGCGACCACGGCGGCGGCGGUGGGUCCCGGUACUUCAACGCCGACCGCUACCUGCGCUCCUUCUACCGCGCCCUCAGGCCCAUCUACAGGCUGUUCUGACGGCGGGCACGGGAGGCGUAGCGUUCAACAGCAUCUUACUUUCAUCAGGAUACUGAUCUCAAACCUCACAGAGUAAUUUGUUUCCUGUCCCAUACAUCAUUUGCUCUACGUAUCGUAAUUAUUUAAAAUGAUUCACUUUAGUGUCCAGCAACAUAACUCAUUUAUGUAGAUAGUACGCACUGCCCAUUUACAAAUAAAUAAAGUCGCCAUUAUAAACCACUGUUUAGCAAACGCCAAUGUUUAUGCUAUCUUUCACAUUUUGUACGAUAGAUAUUACCAAAUAAAGAUAAUGUAUUACGAAGAACUGUCGAAACGAAACACUUUCCUUUUGUAUCCUAACGUAAUAUCUUCUUAUUUAGUGUGUACUGGCAGCAGACAUAAAAUUUUUAUCAUACAUUUUUAUCAUACAUUUUAUCAUACAUUUUCGAACCAUUAUCAACUUUCAAGGUAAUUCGAUUUGUAAAAAAAUUACUCUUGUAAUUGUUGACGUUAUUCAUUUGAUUUUCGAUGGGCCAUUUACACGAAAUUUCAUAAGUAAAAAUCGUAGUUCUUUACAUAAAUGUCCAAAAGAUGAUUGUGGAUGA